AUGAACAAUUUUCAGUUCACAGAAAAGACCGAAAAAACCAUCGGGCAGGCUCAAGAGCUUGCCCGAGAGUUCUCCAACUCACAGAUAACACCCGCCCACUUUGUCAACGCUAUGAUGGAUGAGACAGAUGAGGGGCCAGGCUCCUCGCUCCUCAAAUCUAUCCUCAACAAGGCCGGCGCCAUCCCCGAGGAAAUCGAGCGCGCCUUCAAGAAGCUGCUCGUCCGCCUGCCCACUCAGAACCCCGCCCCGAUCGACAUUUCCUUCUCGCCCCAGGCCUUCCAGAUCCUCCGCAAGGCGCAGGAGCACCAGAAGAAACAAAAGGACUCGUUCAUCUCUAUCGACCACGUCAUCCUCGCGCUGAUGGAUGACGCGCCCACGUGGAAGGUCUUUACCGAUAAUGGUGUCACCAAGACUGCGUUCGAAAACGCGAUUUCCCAGAUCCGCGGUAACCGCAAGGUCGAGAGCAAGAACGCCGAGGCUGGAUAUGAGGCCCUGUCCAAGUAUGCAAUUGACAUGGUUUCACUGGCGGAACAGGACAAGCUCGAUCCCGUCAUUGGACGAGACGACGAGAUCAGGAGAGUCAUCCGUGUUCUCUCCCGACGCACAAAGAACAAUCCCGUCUUGAUUGGUGAACCAGGUGUUGGUAAAACCGCCGUUGUCGAAGGACUCGCCCAGCGUAUCGUCCGCAAAGACGUACCCGUCAGUCUCCAGUGCAGACUCUUCUCCCUCGACAUGGGUGCUCUCAUCGCAGGCGCAAAGUACCGUGGAGAGUUUGAGGAGCGUCUCAAGGCCGUCCUCAAGGAGGUCAAAGAAUCCGAACAAGGCAUCAUCCUCUUCAUUGACGAGAUCCACCUUGUCCUCGGCGCAGGCAAGGCCGAUGGUGCCAUGGAUGCCGCCAACCUUCUCAAGCCCAUGCUCGCUCGUGGCGAGCUCCGGUGCAUCGGUGCGACCACCCUAGAUGAAUACCGCCAGCAUGUCGAAAAGGACCCCGCCUUUGAGCGUCGAUUCCAGCAGGUCUUUGUCGGCGAGCCGUCUUUGAAUGACACCAUAAGUAUUUUGCGCGGUCUCAAGGAGCGCUAUGAAGUCCACCACGGAGUCAAGGUUGCUGACGCAGCUCUCGUCACGGCAGCGACCUUGGCCCAUCGAUACAUCACCAAUCGUUUCCUGCCCGACAAGGCCAUCGAUCUUAUGGACGAGGCUUGUGCGAACACCCGUGUCCAGCUCGACUCUCAACCCGAGUUGAUCGACCAGCUCGAGCGACGUCACUUGCAACUGGAGGUUGAAGCAACAGCCAUGGGCAAGGAAAAGGAUCCAGCAUCACAGCAACGCUUAAUCAAGGUCCGCGAGGAAAUGUCCCGUAUCUCGGAGGAACUUAAGCCAUUGAAACUCAAGUACGAGCUUGACAAGGGCCGCAUCAACGAAGUCCGCGACCUGAACCAGAAACUGCAGGAUCUCAAGAACAAGGCAGAGGAAGCUGAGCGACACUACGACCUGGCCAAGGCUGCCGACAUCCGGUACUACGCAAUCCCAGACCUAGAAAAGAAGAUCGCCACGGUGGCAGCAGAGAGGGCACGUCAGGAGGCGGAGCAGUUGCUGGCCGCCGCGAACGGAACAAAGAUCGAAAGUGCCGAGCUGGUGACCGAGGUGGUUGGCCCCGAGCAGAUUACAGAGGUCGUCUCCCGCUGGACCGGCAUCCCCGUCCAGAGGUUGAACAAGUCCCAAGUCGAACGGUUGCUCCAACUGGGCGAUCGACUCAAGGAGCGUGUCGUUGGUCAAGAAGAUGCCGUCGAGGCCGUUGCGGAAGCAGUCCUGCGAUCCCGCGCUGGUAUGGCCAAGGAGCACGCCCCCUUGGGGUCCUUUCUGUUUUUAGGACCCACUGGUGUCGGCAAGACUGAGCUUGCCAAGGCUCUGGCCCACGAACUCUUUGACGACGAGAACAUGAUGGUCCGCAUCGACAUGUCCGAGUACAUGGAGUCACAUUCAGUUGCGCGACUAAUCGGUGCCCCCCCCGGAUAUGUUGGACACGACGAAGGCGGCCAGCUGACGGAGGCGAUUCGCCGUCGUCCCUACAGUGUGGUCUUGUUCGAUGAGAUCGAGAAGGCAGAUGUCAAGGUCUUGAACGUUCUCCUGCAGGUUCUAGACGAUGGUCGCCUGACAGACUCGAAGGGCCGUGUCGUUGACUUUUCCAACACGGUCAUCAUCAUGACUUCGAACGUGGGCUACAUGCACCUUCAAGAUGUAGGCAACACUGGCAUUACCGAGCAGGUGCGCGAGGCGGUGAUGCGCGAUGUCCGAGCACACUUCCGGCCCGAGUUCCUGAACCGUCUGGACGACUUGAUCGUGUUUGCACCGUUGGGUACGGAUAACCUUGGCAAGAUUAUCAGGAACCAGCUGGCAGUGAUUGGCAAACGCCUGGAGUCGAAGAACAUUACGUUGCACAUCACUGACGGUGCUUGCCAGAAGGUACUCAACGAAGCGUUCGAUCCUCGGUACGGUGGUCGACCAUUGAAGCGGUUCUUGGAGAAGCAGGUUGUGACGAAGGUGUCUCGACUGUUGCUGACGGGCGAGUUGACCGAGUAUCAAACCGUUCUUGUGGAUGUGGACUCUCGUGGCGACCUGGUUUUCAAUGUCAGCAAAGCAGGAGGGGUGAACGAAGGCCGCACUGGAGGGGAGGAUGAUGGCGAGACUGGGGAGGGAUAUGGGUACGAGAAUGAGCUCAAGCAGGACCAGAUGAACGAGUCGCGCCAUGGUAUCAAACGACAAGGCCUUCGAGAACAAGAAAUGCCUUCCAAGGCCGCCCGCCGUCGACCAUAG